AUGACCCUGCAGUGGGUAGAAUUCUUUGGAGGCCGUGCGGAAGCGACCCGUAUGAUGUGGUAUGCGGGCUACUCCGUAGCAAAGCUAGACCUCAACUAUGCGCAUGAUAAAGCUGAUGCAGCUCAACGUGCCAAGAACUUUUCAACAAGGCAUGCUAAGAAGUUCGCCAUCCUAGUUCUCUUGUAUGGCGACAGCGAUGAGGGGUUCUGGGCGCAUUUUGGUAUGAAGUGUUCAUCAUGGACCCCGGUCACCAAGUGCACUUGGUAUAUGUUGGCAUAUGGGGGGCCAACGCCAAAGCCCCACUACGCUCUGUCGAACAGCAAGCACACCUCGAAGCUUUGGACCGGGAAGCUGAAAGGAUGGGCCAGGGCUGUCAGAGAGGACCCAGCCAAAAAGUCCAAGACUGUGAUCAAAUACCAAGACUCCAAUGGCAAAAGCCGCUGGAAAGGUUCAGCCAAGCUUCGUGAGGAAUACCCACCACGAUUUGGAUUGGGGCUGGUGAGCAUCUAUCUGGACUUAGUCAAUGAGAAGAUUGGACCACCACCGCUUCCUUCCAUCGUCCCUUCUGCCGAAGAGACUUUCCAGGCAAUGGUCUUCGAUGACCUUUGGGCCGAGGCAGAUCUACAGGCAGUCUGCCACUAUUUGAGGGGUGGGACCUGCCUUGCUGUGCCACCUUCUUUUAGGCCUUUGCUCCCCGCAAGGCUUUAA